AUGAUCACUGAGGACUCAGACCGCAUUAGUAAGGAGGUUGUUGACUUCUUUGAAAAUCUUUGGAGGAGGAAUGAGGCUGGUCAGACGAGCUUGCAGGCUGAGCUUUUGGAGUUAAUUCCUCCCUUAGUGUCUAGGGAUGAUAAUAAUAUGCUUGAGGAACCAGUCUCGAUGAAGGAAGUAAAAUCUGCUAUUUUUUGGAGCGGUUUUACCCUAGGAAGGAGAAUUGUGGAUGAGGUUAUUGUGGCCCAUGAGGCAAUCCACAUGGCCAUGAAGAGUAGACAAAGAAGAAUGAUCCUAAAACUAGAUAUUCAGAAAGCCUAUGAUAGAGUUGAUAGGUCUUUCCUGGUGGUUGUGCUAGCAAGGUUCAAGUUUUGUAAGGCUUGGAUUAAGUGGAUUUCUAGUAUGAUUAUGCAGUUCUCAGCAUCGGUUUUAGUCAAUGGCAGUCCUCAAGGUUUCUUUUCCACCUCAUGGGGCAUUCAGCAAGGGGAUCCAAUAUCCCCCUUUCUCUUUAUUUUGUUGGCAGAAGUUCUUGGCCAGUCAAUUGCUCAUAAGAGAUUUCAAGGGAUGUGGAAAGGCAUUGAGAUUGCUCGUGGGGUGGAUUCCACAACUCAUUCUUAG